GCCCCGACGCGUUCCGCUGCGGGGACCCCCUGCGGUCCCAGCCGAAGCGCGUCGGCGAUCUCGUGCUGCGCGUGCUGGUCUUCCCCGCCGGCACGGACCCGGUGGCCGAGCAGCGGCCACGAGCUGGGGUGGAGCAGGGACGCGGUGAAGCGCAAGUCGGACCUGUGGACGUUCCGGGCGAACAAGCUGGACCGGGGCUGGCACGACUUUCUGGCCCCCGGGGAGAUCUGCCGCUACACCAGCCCGGACGGCUUCGUGUGCAUCCGGGGCGCCCUGGAUAGCGAGUGCCUGGGGAGGGUGUUCCUGCUCCAGUCGCAGGUGGGCCACAGACUGGACCAGUCCGGCGAGGGCCCAGGCUCCUCGGCCAGCCUGCGCCUCAGAGGCAGCCCGCCGUGUCCCCGCUCGAGACAUGUCGGCGCCGCAGACGUGCAUGCGUGCUGA